UCAAUUAAGAAAUUCACUCGUGAAAAGAAACUCCUAACUUAUUCUACUCCGUCGUAAUAAAAGGUAAAAGUACGACUCAUACAGUAGAUUAGCUUUAGUAGUAAAAAACCAUUAAUUAAAAGAUUUAAAUAAAUACAAAGGAUGAAGUAACUCCUAAAUGUAGCAAUAGCAACUUUAUACAUACCACCUUAUUCUCCCCCUUUUUAUUCCCCUGUCUAUCUAUUUCCCCAUUACCUCGUCUUCUGUCUCCUCCUUUCCCCUCACACUCUCUCUCUAUUUUCUCUCUCUAAAAACUCUCUCUUAAAACCAAUGACUUCGACCCCAAACACCCGAACCGAAACCCACUACCGAGGUGUCCGCAAGCGGCCAUGGGGCCGCUACGCGGCCGAAAUACGCGACCCGUGGAAAAAAACCCGGGUUUGGUUAGGCACAUUCGACACUCCCGAAGAAGCCGCCCUCGCUUACGACGGCGCUGCCCGCGCUCUCCGUGGCAUCAAAGCCAAAACCAAUUUCCCUCUUCUCUCUCCGCCGCUACCUCCGCCGCCACCGCCGCCUUCUUCCUCCGUCUCUCUCGACCUCAAUCUCCGGCCCAACACUUCCUCUUGUGGCAAUGUUAAUGUUUCGGCCCACCAAGGCCGGUUCGUUGAGUACUUGAGAACUGGGCCAGGUUCUGUUGUUAGAGGGUCGGGUGAUGUUGGGCCUAGAGUUGAUGGGCUGGGCUUGGAUUUGGGUUUGAGAAGUGGGCCUGGGCGUGGGCUUGGUGUUGACUUGAAUGAGCCCCCCCCUCUUUGGCUAUGAAUAAUGUGGCUUUAAUUAAUAAUCUAACUAUGUAGUAUUAGUAUUAGUAUUGUUAUUAGUGGUAAUUAUGCAAUUUAGGUAGUUGAUUGAGAUGCUCUCUCCAUUUUUGUACUACUACUAGUCAAUUUGAUAUUCUAGAGUAGUAUUAUCAUUAUAAAUUUUUGUAUAAUCUACUCUAUUUUAGGAAAGAGUUUAGAGCUUAGAGAGAUUGAGAAUGGAAGUAAUAUUAAGGUUGUAUUAUUAAUUAGUUGUAAUAUAAUAAUUCAAUUUCCUAAGAGUACUAUGUUUUGUUUGUACUCCACAUUAAUUAAUUGUUUGAGUCAUGUUAAAUUUAGUAAAAUUGUACUCCGUUCUGGGCUUACUAGCCCUAAGCAUUUGUCAAUAGUAA